AUGUGGAGGUCUGCUGGGGGGAGCCUCGAGAGGCCCUCUGAGGGUUUCAUUGGCGGCCCCCGCAACGCGUUCGCGCUGCACACUGCAGAGUCCGGCAGCAGCAGCAGCAGCAGCAGCAGCAGCAGUAGCAGCAGCAGCAGUCCGCGGCAGCAGCAGGCCGCCUCUCAUCCCCCUUCCUCCUCCUCCCGCCUGGCUGCGGCGUAUAGAUCCUUCAAGCAGUGGGCAGAGGCGCUGCUCGUCACGGGGCUCAACCCCACAGUAAGCCACAUCUCCAACGCCUCAGCCUCUGCUUCUGCUUCUGCUUCUGCUGCAGCAACACCAGCAGCAGCAGCAGUUUCUCCUGCAAACAGUAGCCCGACAGGUUCAGGCAAAAACAAGCGGGACAGCCACCCCAUCUCUUCGGACCUGAGCCGUUCCUGCGGCUCCUCUGCAACUCCCUUCAGCCGCGAUAUCUCGCCAGAUGUAGGGGGGCCCCUCAGGGGCCCCCAGGGGAGUGUCUCAGUUGGGGGCCCCCAUGGGGGCCCCCCGGGGGGCCCCCCCAUUCCAGUUUUGGGCUCUAUGUCGGAGGGCAGCUACUUGCAUCGCCCUGGCGGUUUGGCUUCUGGCGGGCACCCCGUUUCAGGUCAUUCACCGCUUCCUACUGCUGAUGCUGUUGUAUCUCCUGCUGUGCAUGACGCAGAAGCGACAUCUGUCUGCGCUGCGGGGGGCCCCACGGGGGCCCCUGAGGGGCCCCAUGAGGGGCCCCCGUGGGCUCGGAGGGCCCCCCCCCGAGGGCCCUGCCCCUGGGGGCCCCCCACGGCCAGUGGAGGCACCGAGGGGGCCCCUGCAUGCAGGCCGUCACUGUUCCCUUUUGGUUCUUCUAGGGUUCGGUGGGAGGAUGUGAAGCCGGAAGCGUCGUCAGGGGGCCCCUUGGGGGCCCUCUGUGAAGGGCCCGAGGCCGGGGGCCCCCAGGCGGGUACCAGUGGGGGGCCCCUGAUGAUAGAUGAUGCUGCAGCAGACGGAACGGAGAGCGGCUGGCGAGCAAAAGCAAGCCGCUGGCAGCAGCAACAGCAGCAACAGCAGCAGCAGCAGCAGCAGCAGGGGGUCGCUGGGGAGGCAGCGGGGUCUGUGCCUCUGUAUGGCCCUGUCUGCAGGCGGUCACCAGCAGAAGCAGCAGCAGCAGCUCAACGCGGAGCCCUCGGGGGCUGCCGUCGGUGGAGCGGUUUCUGUGGCGCCUGA